AUGGCACAAGCAAACCCAGACAAAGAGCUUGAAGAAUCCAAUGAAGCGAAGAUGAACGACACCACUGUUUCUUUCAAAUUCAACGUCCACGCACCUGAAUUCGUCCCAAGAUCACAAACCCAGAUGCCCAUCUCCGGUUAUUUCUACCCGUUCUUCCACUUUCUCGGUGGGAGCAGCGGGUCUGAUUGGUAUUAUUUUACAGAACAAGAACCGAUUCAGAUUGUUUCCAAUUCCAAUGUCACACUGCCCAACUCCUCGAAGAAUUUCCUAACCGAUGAUCUCCGGCAGAAGAUCAUUAAACAGGUAGAGUAUCAAUUCAGUGACAUGAGUUUGGUUGCAAGUGAUAUGCUGAUGAAACAUAUUAACAAAGAUCCUGAAGGUUAUGUUCCAAUAUCUGUUAUUGCAUCUUCAAAGAAAAUAAAGUCCCUUGUCAGUAAUAACAAUUUAGUUAUUCAAGCACUCCGAACCUCUCCAAAACUUGUUGUCAGUGACGACGGAAAGAAGGUUAGACGGAAGCACCUUUUCACAGAAAGAGACAAAGAGGAAUUGCAGUCUCGUACAGUUGCUGUUGAGAAUUUACCUGAAGAUUACUCUCAUCAAAACCUUGAAAAGAUAUUUAGUGUGGUUGGAAGUGUGAAGACAAUUCGGGUAUGCCAUCCCCAGGAGUCCAACGCUUCCCGUCCUAAAGGUGAUGUACUUAUCAGUAACAAACUCCAUGCGCUUGUGGAAUACGAGACUGUCGACCAGGCGGAGAAAGCAGUUGAAACGUUGAAUGAUGAGAGGAACUGGAGAAAAGGCCUUCGUGUAAGAUUGCUACUUAGACGCUCGCCAAGAUCUGUUGUAAAGAGCAGAAACUACGACCAUUUCGAUAGGAACUCAGAUGAUGAAGAGACGCCACCAUACGAAUCACUGGAAGACUCCUCUCAGCUUAAUAACACAGAGAAUCCCAUGGAAAACAGUGCUGAAGAUAGUACAACUGGUCCAAAGAAAGGGUGGGCAAGGGGCCGUGGAAAGCCCCGUGGGCGCACUCAAAGUCAGAGUGGACGUGGUGGUCCAUUUGCCCCUUCUCCACAAUCAACCAGUUCCAGCAAUAACCAGCCUGAAGCACACAUCAGACAAACUCCCAGGGGACCAAGAAUGCCAGAUGGGACCCGAGGUUUUACUAUGGGCCGUGGGAAACCAUUAAGCACAAUGCCUCUAGCCACUUCUUCACCUGUCGAUUGA